AUGAACAAACCUGUGGAUGAGGACCAGGAGAACUUUGACUUGUGCCGUCGCUAUGUGCUGUCCAACAUCUACUACCAUCGCUACCUGGACACCAGCAGUCACCAAGUGCGCCGCCAGCUGGAGGGAGUGGCCACCAAGCUGCGUGUGCAUGCGCUGCCUGAUCAGGCUGACCGGCUGGAGCGGCUCGGACAGCGGCUGGUGCAGCAAGAUGACUGGGCUGAGCAUGCUCAGUGGGACAUUGAAUGGCGGCUGCUGAGCCUGCUGAUCAACCUCAGCAACAACCCCACCUCACUAGCAGCGGGCGGCGUUCCGCGCGCCGCCGCCGCUACCACCCGGCCGGCCCUCCAAGAGCAAGAGGAGGAGGAGCUGGACUGGGCGGAGGAGCUGCGUGUGGAGGAGGACGUCUUGAGUCCGUACCAGAGCCCGGACCCGCUGGCUUGGCUAGAGCGGCGCGUGGCGCUGUCUUACCAGCCGGCCGGGUCGGAGCUGGACCCGCUGCGGCCGACCCCAGACGCAGCCGAGACCUUCCAGACGUACCAGCUGCGGCUGGGCCUGUGCGCGCCCGGUGACUGCACGCUCAUCUCGGAGUGGUCCGUCUGCCGGGAGCUGGUCUGGCAGCUGCUGCGGCCCACAGACUCGCCGCUGUUCCAGCUCCGCAACGGCCAGUUCACCGCCUCCAGCCGGUACCGGCGUGCAGGGCCUGACCAAGACGGCGGGCCGCUGGCCACACAUCGUGCGUUCGCCGCCAGCCUGGCGGCUCACCUGGCCGGCCUGGACUCCCGGCUGCUCGCCCUGGAGCGACAGCUGAUCCGACAAGAGGUGACGCUGACUCUGCGCGGCAUUCAGGUGCGCCUCGCCGACUGGACGUCUCACGUGGCCGAGCUGGACCGGCUGCUGCAGCGCGGCGUGCUCGACAUGAGCCCCGACUGUCCCCGCUGGGCCCGCACGGCCAGGCUGGUGUCGGUGCUGUACGAGGCUGUUCAGCUGUGCAGCGACGAGCGCUGGAGCUCGGCCCUGUUGAAGCUAUUGCUGGACUCGCUCCAGCCCCUGCUGGCCAUCGUCGACGCGUGGACUGUCUCGGAGACGGAGCCAGACGCCGGCGGAGAGUUUCUCAUAGAAAGGAAUGAUGACAUCGCGGUGACUGACGCGCAUUUUUGGAGCCGUGGCUUCACCGUGCACUCGAGCUUUGAAGACUUCUGGACCGACGGGGUUCAGCCGCUGCCAUUUCUGCUGCCUCAUCUCGGUCACAUCGUGCAAAUCGCCAAAUGCCUGAGGGUGCUCUGUCACCUGAAGCUGACAUCACUGAUAGACGACUCCAGCCUUCAGGACGAGUUCAUUCGGCUGAUAGGGGAGGCGCUGCCGGCCGCCAGCGCUGCCCUGCCUCCCCUCCACGCGGAUGUGUCUCCGUCGGUUGCCGCCGUCCCUCCGGCUCCGGGGGCGGAGGACACCAACAGCGUGCGGAGCGUGGACAGCGGGCGCGGCUCGGCGGCUGACGCUCGCUCCCCGCCCCGCCUGCUGCCCGCGCUGCUGGAGGCCUACGGUUCACCGCACCUGACAGCAGCCUUCGGAGAUGUGAUGAAGACUCUGACGGGAGAGGACGACCACGAGGCCAAACCGACCAGAGCGGCGCCGGCCGCCCGCCUGACCACAGCCGUGCCGCACGUGCUGUGUUCGGCGCUGGGACCGCCCGUGUCGGCCCGUCUCGCUGCCGUCUGCCGCCGCCUGGUGACAACACUGCGCACCGAGUACCGGCUGGACGAGCACCUGCGGAUGCUGCGGCGUGUCUUCCUCAUGGAGGCUGGCGACCUGAUGGCCGCCUUCUCCCGGAGGCUGUUCGAGACGCUGGAGGUGGCGUCGACCCGGGACGAGUCUGUCAGCCUCACGCUGUGUCUGGAGGACUGUCUGUCGGCGCGGCACGCGGACAUGGCGGCCCGGUUCUCGGUGACGCUCGUCGGCCCGGAGCCGGCCGGCGCCGCGCCCGCCUGUCCCCUGCGCCGGCUCGAGGCCGUCACGCUCGGGUACGCGGCGCCCUGGCCCUGCACCAUCGCCAUCACGGCUGACAGUCUGCGCCGCUACAAUGAGAUGUUCCGCUUCAUCUUACAGCUCAAGUUCACCCUGCGCGGACUGCAGGCGCUCAACUUCAAGGAUCUGGCCGAGGCCAGUGAGGAGGACUGGCCGGGCGGCCCGGGGCGGGACGGGGGCGAGCCGGCCCCGGCCGCGGCCCCGCGCCGUCUGCGCCUGCAGCUGCUUCGCGCCUGGCUGCUCCACUUCGUCAGCAACAUCCACAGCUACAUCAUGAUGCGGGUGCUGCACUCCACCUGGCUGGAGCUGGAGGAGCGGCUGGAGAAGGCCAGCGACAUCGACACAAUCGUACAAGUGCACGGCCGGUACGUGUCGGUGCUGCACCGCCGGUGCCUGCUGGCCGGGUCGGCCGAGCGGACCCUCCACGCCGCCGUCCUGUCCGGUCUGCAGCUGGGCCAGCGGCUGCAGCGGGCCUGGAGCGCCGUCGGCCGGCUGACCGAGGCCGAGCUGUGCCAGCUGGAGGCCGACUACGUCCGCAGCCACCGCUUCGUCACCGGUCUGCUGCGUCAGUACCGGCAGACCACCAGCCACGUGGACAGCCUGGCGUCGGCCAUGGCGCACAGUGCGCCCAGCCAGGUGCCGUUCGGGGAGCUGGACUGAGUGCCGCCGCCCUCCUGCACGGGACAGACCCCUGGACCAGGCGGGUGCUCUCGAGACGCGCCCGAGCCUGGCGGACGGCGCCGGCUCAGCGGCGGCCGCCGGCGGUCAGCACGUCCCGGCCGUCAUUCAGGCGGCAGACGGGCGGCCUCAGAUGGGAUCUGCGUCCGCACAAAGUGUCUGGGCGCCGUGUGUUCUUACAGGACAGCUGUUGGCGUUCUGUCUGUGACCAGGUCGGUUACGGACGCCCCGGGCUAUGUGUUACGUCUGCAGGCGCUGUGCUCUAUUGCAAGACACGUGCUGGUGUCUUUGACAUACACAGUGUUGAUCUGUUCAGUGAUGAUGCCAGGCGCUUCCUGUAGACCCGGCCUGCUGACGUCCAGGUGCUGUGAGUCCGGCUCGUGCGUGACCGCUGUAUCCACGUUUGGUCUCAGUGUUCUGGCGCACAGCGUCUGAUAGCACAAUGUCGUGACUGGAGAGGGACACUAAUGGGAUGUAUUGACUAAUAGCACUGCUGAGUAAUGGCCAAUAUUGCCUGAUGUGUGCGAGGGCGUCCGCGAUUUGCGUAGCAUGAACAAUAAAACACUGCCACUCAUAUUGCAUUGCAUUUUGCUGUCCCUGCUCACCACCAUAUGUGUCCCAUAUGUUUUGAAUACAAUA